CCGCCCCCUGCAUGGCCCGGCUGGGUGCCCUGCUCCUGGCCGCCGCCCUGGGCGCGCUGCUCAGCUUCGCGCUGCUGGCCGCCGCCGUGGCCAGCGACUACUGGUACAUCCUGGAGGUGGCGGACGCCGGCAACCACACGGGGCGCGCCGGGCAGCUGUCCUCGCACUCGGGGCUCUGGCGCAUCUGCGAAGGGCAGAACAGCUGCAUCCCCCUGAUCGACCCCUUUGCCAGUGAGGGCCUGGACGUCCCCAGCUCGGUGCAGCACCUCAUCCUGCUGCACCGAGCCGUCAUGGUGGUUCUGCCCCUGAGCCUCGUCCUUGUCGUGUGUGGCUGGGUCUGCGGCCUCCUCAGCUCCCUGGCCCAGAGCGUCGCUCUGCUGCUCUUCACCGGCUGCUACUUCUUGCUGGGGGGUGCCCUGACCGUGGCAGGCCUCAGCACCUACAUCAGCUACUCGCACCUGGCCUUCGCCGAGACCACGCGCCAGUACGGCCCCUGGCACGUGCAGCACGUCCGUGUCAGCUUCGGCUGGUCUGUGGCCCUGGCCUGGGGCUCCUGUGCAUUGGAGGCGCUCAGCGGCACCCUCCUGCUCGCAGCCGCCCGAGCCCUCAGCCUGAGCCGGGCGCCGGGCACCCCCCACUCUGUGGUUCUCUGAGUCCCAGGCCGGCAGGUGGGGGAGGAGAGGGUCCUGGUUUCCCUUUGCAUCUCCUGGGAUCGGCCGGAA